CUGGCUUUAUGCUGCGUGCUCUUCGUCUUCACCUCACCAGGCUUUUCACCGCUCACCCCUCCCGUCCCGCCGAGCGUCUGUCGCUAUCGCACGUGCUCCAUGGCCGCAGUCGCAUCAGCUCGACCAAGACAGGUCGAGACAGCACUCCCCACGGGCGCCCGCUCUCUGCCUCCGCAAGCGCCAGCAUGAACGAGUCAUGGAAUCCGAAUGCGAUGCCCUUCCGCCCGGGCGGCUUUGACCGUCGCGAGCAAAACUUUGGCGCCUUCGAGAACCAGCUUCCUCCACCACCACCCCCUCCUCCAUUCCAGGGACCACCACCACCACCAGGGCCAUAUGGGCCGCCGAAUGGCUUCUUCAACCAGAACUUUGCGCCGCCUCCACCGCCGCCCCAGCAGCCUCCGCACAUGUUCAGCAACCAACACCAUGACUUCGCAAUUCACCAGCAAGCCAUGGCAUACCACCACUGGAUGGUGCAGAACGGCCACCCGCAUCACCCACCGCCACCGCCUCCUUUCCCACUAGGUCAAGAGGCCUUUGCGGGGCGCCCACCUCUACACAUGCCGCCUCAUGGCCAGCCGCCGUUUGCUGGGCCGCCAUUUGGCCAGCAACCAUACGGACAUCAGGCGCAUCAUGGUGGGCCCCCGCCUAUGCCUCACCAGCAACACCAAAUGUACCCGAAUCGCCCGCCCUACCAUAUGAUGCAACAGCAGGCGAACUUCCCGCAUGGGGCAAGGAACGAGGACAUACAGUAUGCUUUCGAUGCCUUAUUGAAGGGUCUAAAGUCAAAGAGCCGCACCGCUAAUACUCAGAACAGGGCACCAACUCCUCCAGGCAAGAAGUCAAAGUCUGGGCUUACUGCCAACGGGCAUGCUAAGCAGAAAGAGUAUGGUACCCUCCACCGCAUUGCUUCGUAUGAAGCUGAGUGCUCUCGGAUUAACAAGUUUCGCAGUACUCCCAAGGCACCAAAAACACCCAAAGCAGCCGGUGAGAAGAAGGGACGCUAUGGUGACGAGAAAAUUAUGCUCCCUGCGCCGCAGCCUACCAAAGAAUAUCUGGACCAGGCCGCCGCAGAACCUGUCACCAACGACACACCUGGUCAAAUGCUCGUUAUCCUGGAUCUCAACGGCACGGUGCUCUUCCGCCCUAACAAGAAUGCCAAGACUAUGAUAGAGCGCCCGUACUUGAAGCCUUUCCUGCGCUACCUCUUCGAGAACUUCAAAGUCAUGGUGUGGUCUAGCGCGAGGCCAGACAACGUCAAGUCUCUAGUUAGCCAAGCAUUAGACAAUGAUCUCCGGUCAAAGCUCGUCGCUCAAUGGGCGCGCGACAGUUUUGGACUCUCGCCGACAAACUAUCAGCAGAACGUACAAGUAUACAAGAACCUGAAGCUAGUAUGGAGUCGAAGUCAGAUCCAGUCUUUCCAUCCGGAUUAUGAGGCCGGCAGUCGCUUCGGCCAACACAACACGGUGCUGAUUGACGACUCUUCGAUCAAGGCGAGUGCGCAACCGCACAACCUCCUGGAGAUCCCGGAGUUCUGCGCUACUCCAGAGCAAAUGCAAGGUGACGUGCUCCGAGAGGUAGCAGGCUACUUGGAGGCACUGAGGAGGCAAGCGGAUGUAUCGCAAUUCAUCAAAAAGGCUCCAUUCACUGCCGGCGGAGGCUGGACGUUCGAUUGGCCUGAUGCCGACGCUGGAGGUGGCGAGAUGACCAGCAAGGUGUCUGCGGGUAGUGCUCCUACUACGAGUAAGAAGAAGAACAAGAAGAAGCAGGCCAAUGCCGCGGCAGUAGCAGCAAGUAGAACUAACACUCCUUUGUCACAGACAAUUGAUACCCUCGCAGCUGUAUCGCUAGCUGCACCUGCGCAGCAACAAGCGCAGCUGUUGCAACAACAACAGCAAAUGCAGCAGCAGCAGGCGUAAAAAGCAAUUUCAUUUCAACAGACGGGCAGGCAAGGAAGUACUCAUGGAUAACUUCCUACGUGAAGGCGCUGUUUGCCAACCGGGUGACUUGUGUUUGCAUAGGUGGCUUGGAAUAAGCGGAUGUCUUCACUAUGUACCAAAAGUUUGAGACAUGACGGCCGAUCAUAAUGUACAGCCUCGAGCUGAGAAUUUCGAUACCAGUACUACUGAAUGUAUCUUGCAUCAGCGGAGGCUUACUUUCUGGGUUCACGCGCGAGGAGAGUAAUCCACCGACUACGUUCUGUGAUACCAUCUCACUUGAUGUACACUUAACAGUGCAUGUGCGUUGAAUCUUAACAGAGGUCAAAUCCGUGCUCGACAAGCUGC